AUGCAGGACCAAGGACUCCUCGACAGAAACCCAGGACUCGCCACCCUCCUAACAGACCUCAACACUCGCUUCCUCACACCCACAGGAACCAGUCUCCACCUCGACCAGGACCUCCACCAGGCCCGCUACGCGUUGAAGCACAAGAAAAGCUACCUCGAGACAAAAACCCUUUUCGAUCCCAUCGAACGGCUCCGCUUCCUUCCCCUCGACCACUACAAUAACCUCACAGGAAGCACAUCCAACAACAACAACGCUGCAGCAGCAGAUCUCCAACGGGAUAUAUCAACACACCUUGACAGACUUCUCAGCAUCCUUGAGACCCGUCGCCUUAUCAUUCCUUCUUCUACAUCUCAGCUAGCCGAGCGAACAAGUCGAGGCAGUAGUAACAGCAAUAACGACAGUCUCUCCGGAGGAGGGGGACAACCAGACUCAAUAAUCUCGCUCCUGGCAUCCAGGAUCAACACCCACGACGCUGAUACAACAAUGGACAUGGACGAAUAUGUCGUAAACCAACUACGCCCACAUCUCGAUGCGCUCGAAGGCCUCACACCUUCCCUCCUCACAGCCAUCCAACAUUCCAUCCAUCAACGCCAACAAGACCUCCUCUCCCUCUCUUCCCCUUCCUCCAACACCCCCACCACCACCACGCUCACACUAGAAGACCUAAUCACCCGCACAAAGAAACAAUCCCUCUUUCUCGACAGGACCAAAGAGGACUCUCUCCUCCUCACCCUCACCCUCCAGAACAAAGUCCAGUCCUUGUUCAACACAUUGAACCAGACAGUGUCCACACUCUGGGAGAUGAUUGUCGAGUUUCGGAUCCGGUACCAGGUCGAGCAAGAUCAGACGUUGAAAGAGUACUUCUCACAGUUGGUCGAAUCCCUCACUCUCAAGCUCGAGUAA